AGCCCAGAGAGGGAGAAAGAUCCCGGGCGCAAUUGCUCCCCGGAGCGGCCGAGGGGCGCGCGGGGAGAGGCCUGCGCCGGGGUACUUUCAAACUGAGGCGCGCGCACACACACCCACCCACCCAGACACACACGCGCGCCGGUGCGCGCGCGCGCGCGCGCGCACACACACACACACACACACACACACACACACACACACACGCCCAUUUAUAUAGGCGGUGGCGGCGGCAGCGGCCGGGGCGGCGGCGGCGAGCGCAGGAAUGAUGGAGCUGAGCCAGCCGACCCGGGUUGGAAGCAAGUGAGGAGAGCCAAGGCGCGCCCCGGGAUUUCUGUGCCCCGCGCUUGUCAUCAUCCUCAGGGAACGGUGCACGCGGAGGAGGAGCGGCUGGACUGAUUUGCUAGGGGGAGGGCGGGGACGAGGAGGAGGCCAGGUGAGCGAGGAGCCCCCUGCGUAUCCGGACUCCCCGAACGCGCCUUUGCCCGACUCCUGCCCCCUCUCCACCCAGGUGGGCGCGCCCGUUUCCCCGCUCGCCAGGGGCGCUUUGAGGAGACCAGAAAGUCGCGGCCCGGCUGCGCGGGAUGCCUUUCGCCAAGCGGAUCGUGGAGCCGCAGUGGCUGUGCCGGCAGCGACGCCCGGCGCUUGACCCGGCGGAGGACGCGAACAGAGGCAGCGCUGAACCGCCGCCGCCGCCCCUGCAGCUGCCGGGCCGACGGGACGAGGCCGUGGCGCCGGGGCCGGAGGAUCCUCCCCGCACGCCCCGCGCGCUGCCCGCGCCGACCGACCAGGCGCUGCCGCCGCACGGAGAGGCACCCGCGGCGGGCGAGGAGAGCGCGGCAGGGGUCUUGGAGGCGGCGUCAGCGGCCGGCGAGGCGUCCUCGGCGACGGCCGCGGCCGUGUUGCUCAUGCUGGACCUGUGCGCGGUCAGCAACGCGGCGCUGGCCCGCGUCCUCCGGCAGCUCUCGGACGUGGCCCGGCACGCGUGCAGCCUCUUCCAGGAGCUCGAGAGCGACAUCCAGCUCACUCACCGUCGCGUCUGGGCGCUGCAGGGCAAGCUCGGCGGCGUGCAGCGCGUGCUCGGCACGCUGGACCCCAAGCAGGAGGCAGUGCCCGUCUCCAACCUGGAUAUCGAGAGCAAGCUGAGCGUGUACUACCGUGCACCGUGGCACCAGCAGAGAAACAUCUUCCUCCCGGCCACCAGGCCGCCCUGCGUGGAGGAGCUGCACCGCCACGCCCGGCAGAGCCUGCAAGCCCUGCGCAGAGAACACCGGAGCCGGAGCGAUCGCCGGGAGCAGAGAGCUGCUGCACCCCUUUCCGUAGUAGCUCCUCCACUGCCCGCCUACCCCCCAGCUCACAGCCAGAGAAGACGCGAACUUAAGGACCGGCACUUCUUAACGUCCCAUCCCCCGGAGGACGAAGAUACAGAUGUCAUGCUAGGGCAGAGGCCGAAAAACCCAGUACACAAUAUCCCUUCAACACUGGACAAGCAGACCAACUGGAGCAAAGCACUACCUCUCCCGACGCCGGAGGAGAAGAUGAAACAAGAUGCCCAAGUGAUUUCUUCUUGCAUUAUUCCCAUCAAUGUCACUGGAGUUGGUUUUGACAGAGAGGCUAGUAUACGCUGCUCUCUUGUUCAUUCACAAUCCGUACUACAGCGGAGACGAAAACUGAGAAGGAGGAAAACCAUCUCGGGUAUCCCCAGAAGAGUCCAACAAGAAAUAGAUUCUGAUGAAUCACCCGUGGCCAGGGAAAGGAAUGUGAUUGUGCACACAAAUCCAGAUCCUUCCAACGCUGUCAAUAGGAGGUCUGGAACCAGGGACUCGGAGUGCCAAACUGAGGAUAUUCUGAUCGCUGCUCCAUCCAGAAGGAGAAUCAGAGCUCAGAGGGGUCAAAGCAUUGCAGCUUCCCUUUCUCAUUCUGCUGGCAACAUUUCUGCAUUGGCAGACAAAGGCGACACCAUGUUUACUCCUGCAGUGAGCAGCCGCACGAGAUCUCGGAGCCUUCCCAGGGAGGGCAAUAGAGGUGGGGAUGCUGAGCCCAAAGUUGGUGCUAAACCCUCAGCAUAUGAAGAGGGGGAGCCUUUCGUGAGAGACCAAGAAAGAACCCUUAACGAUUGCAGCGAGGCCCCCAGCAGCCCGAGUGCACAGGAGCACCAGCCUGCUUUGAGCCUGGCCUGUUCUCAACAUCUUCACAGCCCCCAGCACAAGUUAAGUGAGAGAGGGAGGUCACGUCUGUCCCGGAUGGCUGCCGACUCUGGCAGCUGUGACAUCUCCUCCAACUCGGACACCUUUGGGAGCCCCAUCCACUGCAUCUCCACGGCUGGCGUCCUCCUCAGCAGCCACAUGGACCAGAAAGAUGACCACCAGUCGUCCAGUGGCAACUGGAGUGGGAGCAGCUCCACAUGCCCCUCACAGACCUCAGAGACGAUCCCUCCUGCAGCUUCUCCUCCCCUCACUGGCUCUUCACACUGUGACUCGGAGUUGUCACUAAACACAGCCCCUCAUGCUAAUGAGGACGCCAGUGUCUUCGUGACAGAGCAGUACAACGACCACCUGGAUAAAGUGAGGGGCCACCGAGCAAACUCCUUUACCUCCACUGUGGCAGAUCUGUUGGAUGACCCCAACAAUAGCAACACGAGUGACAGCGAGUGGAAUUACCUACACCACCAUCACGAUGCCUCCUGCCGCCAGGAUUUUAGUCCUGAGCGUCCCAAGGCAGACAGCCUGGGCUGCCCAAGCUUCACAAGCAUGGCCACUUAUGACAGCUUUCUGGAAAAGUCUCCAUCGGACAAAGCAGACACUAGCUCUCACUUUUCGGUGGACACAGAGGGAUACUACACCUCCAUGCACUUUGACUGUGGUCUCAAAGGUAGUAAGAGUUAUGUCUGUCACUAUGCAGCCCUGGGCCCAGAGAAUGGCCAGGGUGUCGGGGUUCCUCCUACUCUUCCAGACUGUGCCUGGCAGGACUACUUAGACCACAGGAGACCGGGGAGACCAAGCAUCUCUUUCAGGAAACCAAAGGCAAAGCCGACUCCACCUAAACGUAGCUCAUCAUUGAGGAAGUCUGAUGGAAAUGCAGACAUUUCUGAGAAGAAAGAACCAAAGAUAAGCAGUGGCCAGCUCCUGCCUCACAGUUUCAGGGAAAUGAAGCUGCCUCUUGAUUUCUCCAACACGCCUUCUCGAAUGGAAAAUGCCAAUCUGCCCACCAGGCAGGAACCUUCUUGGAUGAACCAGAGUGAACAUGGCAUUAAGGAACCUCAGUUAGACACUCCAGAUGUUCCACCAUUCAAAGAUGAAGGUGCUGAAUCAACUCACUAUGCAGACCUCUGGCUUCUAAAUGACUUGAAAACAAAUGAUCCUUACAGAUCUUUAUCUAAUUCAAGCACUGCUACGGGUACCACAGUUAUCGAAUGCAUCAAAUCUCCAGAGAGCUCUGAAUCCCAAACAUCCCAGUCAGAAUCUAGAGCCACCACCCCCUCCCUUCCUUCUGUUGACAAUGAGUUUAAACUGGCUUCACCAGAAAAGCUGGCUGGCUUGGCAUCUCCAUCAAGCGGCUACUCAAGCCAGUCUGAAACGCCAACAUCCUCUUUCCCUACAGCUUUCUUUUCUGGCCCAUUGUCUCCUGGAGGUAGCAAAAGAAAACCAAAAGUCCCAGAAAGGAAAUCCUCACUACAGCAACCCUCUUUAAAAGAUGGAGUUCUAUCACUGGGUAAAGACCUUGAACUUCCAAUUAUACCUCCUACCCAUCUUGACCUAAGUGCUCUUCAUAAUGUCUUAAAUAAACCAUUCCACCACCGUCACCCAUUGCAUGUUUUCAGUCAUAAUAAGCAAAACGCAGUAGGAGAAACACUGAGGUCAAAUCCUCCACCGUCUCUUGCAAUUACACCAACAGUCCUGAAAUCUGUUAACCUUAGGUCCAUCAGUAGGUCUGAAGAAGUUAAGCAAAAAGAAGGCAACAAUACAGAUCUCCCCUACUUAGAGGAAAGCACUCUCACCAUGGCUGCCCUGUCUCCAGGUAAGAUUAGGCCACAUAUGACUAAGAAAUCACUAUCACGUCAGUACUCCACUGAAGACACCAUAUUGUCCUUUUUAGACUCCUCUGCAGUUGAGAUGGAACCAGAUAAACUACAAUUAGAAAAAAACCGUUCUUUUGAUGUGAAGAAUCAUUGUGAUCCAGAAACAGUAACCUCAGCUGGUACCAAUCUUCUAGAUUCAAGUCUCACAAAAGACCAAAUACAUAUGGAGAGUGAGCCUAUUCCAGAAAACACACCAAGUAAAAGUUGUGACUUUUCCCCAGAAGGAUUUCAGAGGGUCUCUGCUGCUCGCCCAAAUGAUUUGGAUGGUAAAAUACUACAAUGUGGAGCUGGUCCAGAUGGAGCCCUAGCGCAGGUCCAGAAGGUAUCUUCUGCAGAUCGGGAAGAAGCUGCAUACCCUGAGUCUGUGGACGUGCUCACAUCUCAGUCAAACUCACCAACUAGAAUCACAGACAUAAACAAUCAACUUAAGCAUCAACUUGGGAUGAGCCGCCACCAUGACAAAGUGCCUGGGAAUAUCAGCUAUGAAGCAGAGAUAUCAACCGUAAAUCCAUGCCCUGAAAAAUGUUCUGAGCAGGAAAAUAUUGCUUCAGGUAUUUCAGCCAAAAGUGCCUCUGAUAACAGCGGAGCAGAGGAGACCCAAGGAAGUGUGGAUGAGGUUUCACUGAAAGAAUCGUCACCGAGUGAUGACUCUGUGAUUUCACCACUAAGUGAAGACUCUCAGGCUGAAGCAGAAAGUGUGUUUGUGUCUCCAAAUAAACCUCGAACAACGGAGGAUUUAUUUGCAGUCAUUCACAGGUCCAAGAGGAAAGUACUUGGAAGAAAAGAUUCUGGGGACAUGUCUGUUCGAAGUAAAUCUAGAGCUUCCCUGGGCAGCAGUAGCAGCAACAGUGCUGGUUCUGUCACCUCAACCAACAGCAAUGUGACCACCCCAAACAGCCAGAGGUCUCCUGGCCUCAUCUACCGAAAUGCCAAAAAGUCCAACACAUCGAAUGAAGAGUUUAAGCUAUUACUCCUCAAGAAAGGCAGUCGCUCGGAUUCCAGUUACCGUAUGUCUGCUACUGAGAUCCUGAAGAGUCCCAUCCUGCCCAAACCUCCCGGGGAACUCACAGCCGAGUCCCCCCAAAGCACCCAUGAGGCCCAUCAGGGGGCACCGGGAACUGAAGCGCUGUCCCCCCUCUCUCCAUGCUCCCCACGGGUUAAUGCAGAAGGGUUCUCCUCAAAGAACUUUGCCACCCCGGCAUCGGCAAGGGUUGGACGUUCCCGGGCUCCCCCUGCGGCCAGCAGCAGCCGCUACAGUGUCCGUUGCAGGCUGUAUAAUGCGCCCAUGCAGGCCAUCUCCGAAGGCGAGACAGAAAAUUCCGAUGGGAGCCCACAUGAUGACCGAUCCUCCCAGAGCUCAACAUAGGUGGCCCAUGCCAGGCUGGCUGUCAAAGGCCAAAACCUUAGUCAUAUGAGGAUGGAGGAACAGAACGGAAGACUGGGGAGAAGUCAGCACAUGGUGGGGUACCAUCACGCUUACCAACGAGUUCCUAAAUAUUUGCUGGGGAAACGGAAGGUGGUUUGGUCUUUCUUGAUCAUUUUCCAUAUUUUUAAGUAGCUGCACUGUCUUUCAUAUUUUUCUUUAGGGUAGUUUGAUUUACCCAAUCUCAUUCCUUUUGAUAAUAGAGAAUUUGAAAAUGUCUGCUUUUCAUGAAACCUAGAAAAAGUUUUCCCAGAGCUGCCUAUUCAGAAAACAAAGCCCUCACUGUCAUAAUUCUUAAGAAGAUGAAAUACUCUGGAGGUUUGGUAUAUUUUUACAUUAAAAUGAACUAAAGCAAAAUUUAGAAGAACUACACACAUGUAAAUACCAUAUUUUUGAUAAAAAUGUGUAAAUAGAUUUAUGGAUGACGAGUGGGCAUGUGGCCAAUUAUCUACCACACACCAACUGCUUAUAGAACACAACAAAUAAAGUGUAAUAACUGUAUUCUGUGAAUACCAUUUUCGUAUCAAAUACCAUAUUUAAAUGUCCACCAAUAUGAUUUCUGAGUGAUAAACCUCAAAAUAUGAAUUUUAAACUGGUGAAAUAAAGGAUAUCUCGAGGUCAUAUAGUGAAAUGUGAUUAAUUUAAAAUAAUGAAUUCAGACUUAACCAUUUUUGUGACAAACUGCAGCACCAAACUACUGGUAACACGUGGCUGUGAUGUGCCAUGUGGCAAUUUGGACAGAAUGAAAAGCAUGCUUUUGAUUUUUUUAAAAAAAAAUCAGGGAGAGAAAUCAUCAUUCUCAACAUAAAGCCCUGAACAACAGCACUUGACAGUGUCCUUUAAACUUCAAUUUUUCAGUGGAUUGCUUUAAGGAGAAUGAGUAGGGAAAACAGUAGUUAAUUUUAGGUUAUGGUUUAUAUUACACUACUG